UUACAGAUUGCACAGUUUUUCAACUUUGAUAAUAGCGUAUUUUCCUUACUUGCUUUUGUUUUCAAUAUAUUACAAUAUAGGGAGUAACUGCUAUUUAAUAGUGCACUACAAUUUAUCUAAUAAAUUUGCUGAUAAUUUUAUUUUGUGCAAUUAAACAUGGACAAACCAACUGUAACUGAUCAACCACCACCGUAUUCGUCUACAAUGCAUCAAGUGCCCAUGCCUCAACCUCCGAAUGUAAGUGUACCUGGUCCGCAGCACCCUCCUCCUCCGCCAGGAUACACCCCCUACGGAGCGCCGCCAUCUACAUCUAAUCCGCCAGAACCUGGAUACCUGCCCAACUAUGGAGCUACCAACAUUAUCAUACAACCGGUACAACCAACAUUACUCGCAGUCGGAGCAUGCCCGGCCUGUCGUGUUGGUAUCCUUGAAGACGACUUCACUUGUCUGGGUAUAUUAUGCGCUAUAUUCUUUUUCCCAAUAGGUAUCUUGUGCUGUCUUGCUCUUAAGAACAGGAGAUGUUCCAAUUGUGGUGCAAUGUUUGGAUAAAUUCCUUAAUGAUCUAUUGAAUAUGAAAGGCCUGAUUUAUUAUGUUAUAUUAUGGAUAUCAUUUACAACAUAAGGCACUCUAUAUACAAAUUUUAUUCAUUAUUAGAAUUAUGUAUAUGAUUAAACAAAAGUGAGUAGCUAGGUGUGUCAUAAACUAUAUACUUACUUUAUUAUAAAAGAUUCUAUAAGGAAAUAAACAAUGUAUUGAAUAGUUCACUUGUUGGCUCAUCAUCUAAGAAAAGUCACAGAGCUCUCAUUUAAUACUUUAGAUCAAACUUAUAGAUUUUUAUACAAUGCGAGACUCUUAAUAUUGUUUUUACAGAUUAUAUCAUUCCUCGAAUAUUCCAUCUAUAAUUGAACUAAAAUAUUCCUUUUCAAGAAAUUAAUACAAUGUUUCUGCCUACUAUUAUGUAACCACAUAGAAAGAAUAACAUGCAAAUUUAUGAAUAAAGGGAUAACUAUUUAGAUUUAUGAAACAUUUCAUAUUCAAACUGCAUAUUUUCACUAUAAUAUAUAUAUAAUGUGAAAAAAAAAAACUGUUAGUAAUAGCUGUUUAUUUUUUGAUGAUAUCUGAUAAGAUAUAUUUGUUAAGAACUGGCAUGAAACACAACUUAUAUAUUUUUUUGAAUCAUUCACUAUUCCUAAUAUGGAAAUACAUAUAGUGCCAUAGAUAAAGUGUAAAAUAUGACUCAGUGUGACUCACAUUUUAUCGGUUUUUAUCAGACAAUUGUGAUAUUUAUUUAUAUUAUAAUAGUAUUGUUUUUCUUGUAAAUCUUUCAGAUGAUAAUCUCCUUGAGGAAUCUAGUAAAUUCACUGUAAUUAAUGUUCGCUUUCAUAAUUUACCGAGAAAUUUAUACCGUCCAUAAUUGUAACGAUUCUUACCAUUCUUAGUGUAAGGUAUACCACUAUAGCAUUUACCUUAAGCUAAAAUUUAAAAGCACCUUCAUACUCAUUUUGUUUGUCUAUUGUAUUGUAACGGAAUCUGUACAUCAUUGCUUUUAUUCUAACAUUUAUAUUUAUAAUUACACGUAUUAUCAAAGGCCAUACAAAGAGUUCGAAGUCAAUGAGAUGGUAGUAUCCACCAUGAAACAAACACAUCUACACGAUAGUGGGCGCGCGAAUUCUUUUACUAAGAUAUGUGUGUGUAUGUACAUAUCAUAUACAUAUACCUCACAUCAGAACGUAUUUUUUUUUAUUUUAAUAAAUGCUUAAAAGACAAUAAAAUGUAAAAAACUAUGUUUUCAUUUAUAUAUAGCAUCAUUACAUAAUAUAAAAUAAAAUCGCUGCCGCUGUCUGUCCGUAGGUAUGCUUAAUACGCAUAGUAUGGCAAUCUUUAAAACGAUUUUGACGCGGUUUUUUUAAUAGAUAGAGUUAUUCUAGAGGAAGGUUUAUUUAUAUA